AACUGGUGUUCCCAUCCAGCCAGUGCUCAUUCAAACCAGGGAGGCUCAUUGAACUCCAGGCAGUGCCACUUAACUGUUCCCACCUAGCGCCAUCUAUUCCGUUCCAUUCACUCAGAGAGUCGUUGAACUCCAGACUGUGCCCAUUUCCCAUCCAACCAGUCCCCAUCCUGCAACCAUCGAAUCCCAUGAAGCACGACAACUCCUCGAAGCAGGUUCUCUCGCCUCAGGACCUCCCGCCAACCAUCCCAGCAGGUCUCAAGCUCGAUGCCCUCGACUUGACCCACGCAGUGGCCAGCUACCGACCCAGCACCUUCGAGCCAUGGGACCUCCCGUCUUCCUUGCCUGUUUUCGAUAAAGCUGGGCGCUUGAAACGGCCUCGCAAAGGCGACCGCAGAGUCGUCAGCAUGCCCGUAAUUCCACACACGUACUCACCACCUCCUAGCCCAGCAAAGGACUUGCCGUCACCGCCUCUUGAGCAAGACCCUCUCCCCUCAAGACCACCCUUGCCCAAGAAAGAGCUCUCCAAAAACCCUAGAGCUGUCUCGAUGUACGUGCUCCCCAGGAUCAUGAGUAGAGUCGCUGAUCCGCUCGAUUCACCUGAAUCUGCCCCCUCAGGAGGCUUAUCGCCAAUUGCAUCCGUGCCGACUCCCCGUGUCGUCACUCCUGUCGACAGCAUUCCCUUGUCGCCCGUCAGAAUGGCUCCCACUAACGUGCCUCGCAUCAUGGAAGGCAUUAAGGUGUCCCAUAAUUCCUCAAGAGCGGGACCUGUUGCGAUCGAUCUCGGUCUGCCCAUGAAAACCCUGUUUUCACCACCAUCAGAACCCCCAUUAUCUACAGCCACUCCCACCUCUUCUAGUCCACUGAGAUUGGAGCCUGCCAUGGUUGCAUAUUCAUCACCAGCCAAAUCCGCAUCUUCUGAUUCACGAAUCCAAUCAUCUUCCCAACAUUUUCAACCACCAAUUGUGUGGAAAUCGCCAAGCCGAUUGGAUAGAUCGCUCCUUCCACCAUCUCCACCAGCCAAGAACGGAUUCUCUGUUCCCGACAGCGACUCUCCAGUCUCCCAAAUUCACCCUUACGCUAUCCGUUCAACAGAUCAUACCAUCGCAUAUCCAAAAGUUCGCAAAAACCCCUCCAAGCCACAAGUUCCUGAAAAGAAGCCUGUCCAGACCCUUGCGAGCCCUCAUACAACUCACUCGGAAACUUCACCACUGACAAGCAUUGGAAGUGCGGACCUUGAUGAGAUUUAUAAGUACUACGGAAGCAUUCACACUCCUGACUUCCAUAUUCCAAAACAUCUAGUUAUUGACGAUGACAAUGAUAGUCUCUUUUCGGAGUCUUUGAGCAUAGAUGAAAGUUUUGUUGCUUCAGAAUCUAAAUCGUUGUCAUCUGCUGCAUCUUCACUCGUUUCACAUGAACAUGCCCUUCACCAUACAGAAAAAUCAAAUAAGGAAUUAGAUUGUGGUUCAGAAACUUCAUCUAUUUUACCUAGUACAUUUGAAGAAGCGAAGCUUGAGGAUUUCCUUUCACACGAGCCAGAAUUAGGAGUCCACCCAGAUGAUAUUAGUUUAAAGGACAGUUUAUUCUCUGGUAUGGAUCUUGAAUUCGAGAGCUUUAGAGAACCAAAUAGAACUGUCAGUGUUCCCAUGCUUCCAUACCUGAAUCGCUAUCUGUCUAGUGUGUCUGUCAAUACCAACAAGGACCUUCCUAGCGUCCCAAUAGAGAAAAAAUCGGAAACAUCUUCCAAGGAACAGCAACCACUUCAGGUAAGGAAAUGCAGAAACCUCAAAAGUUAUCAAAGAAAAGCCCUGGAUAGAUACUCUGUUAGUCUGAACCUGAGAUAUCAUCUGGAUAGACUAUCGGUUUCAUCUAGCAAGGCCAUGGAUAGACAAAGCAGGCAGCCUCUGGACAGGCACUCUAUUCAGUUCUCUUCUAAUCAAAGUCAAUGGUCAGUUUCAAGCAGAUCAACCAAGUUAAAUGACGCAAAAAGUGAUCUUCAAGCGUACGUGAGACAGCGGCCUUUCAGUUUCUGCUUAGAUAGCGGAAGCGAUUACUCUUACUCCAAGUACGGUCUUGUUUCAUCUGUUGACAAAAGAAAGACGAGACCGAGAUCUUACUCACAGUCGGAUAAGAGAUCCGCUAGUUUCAACAUUAAAUCACGCAAUAGCUUGAACUUCGAGCCAAGUGCCCAAGCAACCAGCCAAGGAAGCAUAGGCUCAGGACAAAGCAAUCUCACUUCGCUGCAAGCUGGUAAAAGCUUCAGGAGUGUGAGUGAUUUUGGAGACGCCAAUAGAAGCAUGCAUUCAUUCAAAUCUCCCAAUUUGCACUCGAGAGGUUUCGGGUCCUCCCAUCCUUAUUCUCAAGAUUUAAAAGAGUCAAUUUGGGAAUCAAGCGAAAAACGGGAUAGUUCCUACAUCGCUAACACUGCAUCUCAGAAAAGAAGCGUCAGCGAUUUCACGUCUCUUCAUCCAUCUGAAUCAUUUCAUACGGCCCCCACAUCUCCCACAGGGUCCAACAAGACACCUCCUGCAUUAAAGCCAGCAAUUUCAGCAACAUCUAUCGCCCAAUUGCCGCCAACAAAGUCUCCUACGAGGGCCCAGCAUAGUUUUACAUCCAAUUCGAGCAUCGACACAAAGCCCAGAAAUGUCCUGCUUCCUAAUAUCUCUGGCAAAGCCAAUAAGAGCAAGGCACUUCCCUCCACUCCAGAAAGACAAAAUAGAUUCGGAGACCGGGCCAGGUAUUUAAUUUAGAUGCCAGCAUAUCACCACGCUCCGAGGGCGUGAUAUCCACAGUUGUUUAGUUCAUAAGUCAUGUAUUAUAGAUCAUUACUAGUCAAUGUAGAAGAGGCACGAUUGAUAGAUUUAUAGUCUUCCUCUAAAGUAUCUUCAUGCCA